AUGUUCACAAAUUUUCGUCAAAAUCGAUUAUAUGUAUGUCUGUUUGUUCCAGGACGUCUCGCCGUAAUAACUUUCAGCAUAGCUACAGUAGUUCUUGGCGUCAUACUGUCUUUCGUACCAUGGCUCGACUAUAUCAUAUUUAAGGAAUUGAAAUUAUGGAACGGUUCGUUGAGUUACAGUUAUUGGCAAAGGCCUGGUGUCAUCAGGCUGACGAAGGUCUACAUCUUCAAUGUCACAAACCCUCAAGGAUUCUUGGAGAAUGGAGAGAAACCAAAGCUUACUGAAAUAGGACCUUUUGUUUACAGGGAAGACAUGGAGAAGGUGAAUAUAAAGUUCCACGACAACGACACGGUGACCUACCAACACAAUAAGAUAUUACGCUUCGUGCCAGAAUUAUCAGUGGAUAAAAAUCUCAAGCUGGUUGUACCUAAUAUACCUCUUCUGACAGUAACUUCUUUCUCACCGAAUCUCGCUGGCUGGCUGUUCAAUCUUUUGGCCACAGGUCUUUCGAUAACUUACAGAGAGCGAGCCAAACCUUUCGUACAUGUCACAGCUGAACAAUUAGUCUUUGGUUACGAUGAUCCAUUAGUAACACUCGCACAUUACUUUUACCCGAAAGGAAAGAGACCGAACACGCAAAUGGGACUUCUGCUCGCUAGGAACGGUACUCUAGAAGAGGUAUCCACUAUACACACUGGUGAAGAUAUGGGAAAUUUUGGUUAUUUAGAUCGUAUUAAUGGCAUGGAUCAUCUACCGCAUUGGAGCGACAAACCUUGUAAUGAUAUAAGAGCUUCAGAAGGAUCGUUCUUCCCGCCUCGUCUGUCAACUAAGGAAGACACUGUAUAUAUUUAUGACAAAGACCUGUGCAGAAUACUUCCAUUUACCUACAGGAAGGAUGUAUACAUAGAUGGUAUACAGACCGGUCUCUACACUCCUCCCAGCUCAACCUUCGAGAGCGCCGAAGUAAAUCCUGACAACAAAUGUUUCUGCCAAGGAGAGAAGUGUCCUCCACGCGGAUUGCAAAAUAUCAGCCCUUGUCAAUACAAUGCGCCUGUUUAUUUAUCCUACCCUCAUUUCUAUGAUGCUGAACCGUCACUGCUGGAACGCUUCGAAGGACUUAAGCCAGAACAGAAAAAACACGAAAGCUACUUCUACAUACAGCCGAAAAUCGGUGUGCCUCUUGAAGGACAAGUACGUGUCCAACUAAACCUGAAAGUUGACCGAGCUCCUAACAUCAUGGUUAACGACAUUCACAAAUUCCCAGACAUUAUAUUUCCCAUUAUGUGGGUCCAAGAGGGUAUUGAAGGUGUGAGCACACCAAUAUGGCGAUGGAUAUUCCUGGCCACAACCUUCGGACCAAUCGCCGCUCCAAUUAUAUCCUACUCAUUAAUAGUCAUCGGUCUUGCCAUACUCAUUCACGCCUUUAUAAAAGCGUAUAAAAACAUCGUGAUAGGCGAAAAUUCCUUAGAAAUAGUUGAAAUAGGAAGAGAAACUAUUAGACGGAGUUCUACUUUAAUAAUGAACAGCUCCCAAAAACUAUUGGCACACAAAGAAACGUCGUACAGACCGCUAAGCCAGUCAACGCCAUCGUCAGCUCAUGGCAGCCAAGAGGGCAGGCUGCAAGAACUUAAUUUUAUCGAUAAAACCGAUAAUAUAAGUCAAAGUAUCGAUGAAUUAAAAUCGAUAUUAAAUAGGGAAUUCGUCAAAACAAAUUUCUGUGAAACCGAAAAAGAAUCUCUAAUACAUUCGGACAAUGCUUUCAUAUUAUCAGAACAUCGUCGAUGUAGAGUUUUUAAAGUGCCUGAUAGUUAUUAUUGA